AUGUCAUUCCCUGUGGAUAUGUUGAACAGCUACAGUCAUGAGGACUUGGAGAACUCUGCAGAGGACUACUUGUCUGACCUUCGGUGUGGGGAUCCAAAUUGUCCUGAAUUCUUGUCCCUGCCAGACCACGGCAAAAUUCCUAUUAGCUUGUCAACUGUAGGCUUCGUUCCUCUUUUUGGUGGAGAGCAGACACACAAAGUUCUUGCUUUGUUUGCACCAGAGGACUCGCUCACAGCUGUAGCCCUGUAUCUUGCUGACCAGUGGUGGUCAAUUGAUGACAUUGUGAGAACAUCUGUCUCGUCUAGAGAGGGACUUCAGCAGGUGAAGUCUGUUGGAGAGAGGGUGGUUCUCUAUGUUCUGAAUCGAAUUAUCUAUCGGAAACAAGAAAUAGAAAGAAAUGAGGUCCCAUUUCUCUGUCACGGUAGCAACGACUAUGCUAAGAUCAUGUGGAAAAAAGGAGAGGCUAUUGGGUUCUAUUCUGUUAAACCUACAGGAAGUAUUUGUAGCUCUUCUCUUACUCAGAGUUAUCAGCUGCCAGUGCUAGACACAAUGUUUGUAAGAAAGAAACAUCGUGGGAAAGACUUUGGGCUAAUCAUGUUGGAAGACUUUGUGGAUUCCUUUACUGAAGACACUCUUGGCCUACGAUACCCACUGUCAUCCUUCAUGUACAUAGCUUGUAAGCACUAUUUUGAGAAGUACCCUGGGAAUCAUGACCUUUUGUGGGAAGUGGAGGGAGCAGGACAUCAUUGGUUCCAGAGAACACCUAUUACCACUGUAUUGCAAAGGGAAAAGCUCAAAAUUGCAGCAGAGGUCUCUCAGAAAGAAAAUACAAGUUUCCAAGCAGAGGAUUAUUUUCGACACUCUGCAGCAGAAUCUGAAGCAAGUGGACAAAAGACUGAGCUAGAAACACAGCUAAGUGCUGACUCUCAAAAAGGUAAAGAAUCAAUAGAUGUCCAUGCAAGCACAUCUGAAGACCCUGACAUAACUCCUGUUUCUAUUCGGACACGAAGCAGUCAUUUAAAACGUCCCAGGAUAGGAAAAAAUAGUCAGGAAUCUGAACCUGAAACUUCCCAAGGAAAUGAGGAAAAUGUUCUUCAUGUGUCAGAAAGCAGGCUGGAACUUCCUGCCCACACAUUUGAAAGCUCUGAAGACUUAGUAGAAGAACCUGAGGAGAAUGCUGUUGAGAAUGAUGAGGAAAUGAUUGUUGAAAAUGAGGACCAAUCGGUAUCAGAAAUGGAGUUACAUGCAUCACCCCCUGAGAAACUGAGUGAGAAGGAGGAAACUCCAUCUGAACCUCUUAAUGGUGAGGUAACAGAAGAAAUUGGUAAGACCUCACUUAUGGCUGAAGAGGAAACAGCAAAUGAAGUUCUAGGUGGUGAAUCAAAAUUGCAGUCUGAGAGUCAAGAAGAACCCUUAACACUGUUUGUUCCAUUAAUCCUUGAGUCUCCAGCAAAACCUUCAGAAGACACUGUAUCAGAGAAAGUUUUAAAUGCAAAUGAUUCAGAAGUGCUGACUGAAGAAAGCACAUCGGUAGAGAAGGAGGGCACUGAAGAACACCACCAAGAAUCUGAAAAGAAGUCGUCAUCCACUGAAAAUGCAGCUGCUUCAGCACCCAAGGAAGAACCCUCUGACAAUGGCCUGCCCAACUCUACGGUAAUUGAAGCAGCAGAAGAAUCUGUUUCUGAAAAUGUAUUGCCCAAAACAGCUUCCUCAGUGGAAGAUCAAAAUGAGGAAGCAGGGCACAACUCACAGGAGGCCCCUGUUGCUCUGAGUCAGAGCUCUUUGAUAGUGGCUGAACUCGAGGGUGUUUCUUUUCAGCAGCCUUCUGGACAGGAAGUACAGAAGAACCAGUUGGAAGAACACUCAGAAGAGUCUGCUGAGCAGAUGGAUCAGUACACGCAGACAGUGGCAGAGCGGGCUGCUGACAGCAGCUCUGAGGAAGCAGAAAUUGAGGUACCCAUUGUAGAUCGGAGAAACUUGCGAAGAAAGGCCAAAGGUUACAAAGGUCCACCCAAGAAAAAAGGAAAGCUGGCUUAAAAAUGAAAUAUUGAUUGUUAAUUAAUCUAUUUGUAAGGAAUUUAUUAUUUUGUAUAAAACACUAGGGUAUAACUAAACCAUAUG